GCAAUCAUAGAUUUGGGCGGGCUAGGAGGGUUUGGGUCUUCAGGUCACAUCUGCACGGAGAGACCUCCGGGGCCUCCGUUGGUCGGUCCUUCCGCUCCGGAUACCCUUCCGGAUCUCAGGUAGUUCUGGUCCCGCCCCGACGCCGGCCGUGACGAAGGCACGCCGGGGUGACCUCACCCUCCAACAUGGCGGCGGCGGUAGAUUAGGGCCGCGGGUCGGAGCACUCACCGCCGCUGGGGGACCCUGUCGGAAGCAACUGCCGCCGCCGCCUCUUUCAUCUCUUCUGGGGCAGGGGCCAGGGCCAGGUUUUACACAUCCAUAAGUAGACCUUUUUGGAGCCUCACCAGCCAAUUCAAUGGCGUCCUCUUCUACUGUGCCUCUGGGAUUUCACUAUGAAACAAAGUAUGUUGUUCUCAGCUACUUGGGACUCCUCUCUCAAGAGAAGCUGCAAGAGCAACAUCUUUCCUCACCCCAAGGGGUUCAACUAGAUAUAGCUUCACAAUCUCUGGAUCAAGAAAUUUUAUUAAAAGUUAAAACUGAAAUUGAGGAAGAGCUAAAAUCUCUGGACAAAGAAAUUUCUGAAGCCUUCACCAGCACAGGCUUUGACCGUCACACUUCUCCAGUGUUCAGCCCUGCCAAUCCAGAAAGCUCAAUGGAAGACUGCUUGGCCCAUCUUGGAGAAAAAGUGUCCCAGGAACUGAAAGAGCCUCUCCAUAAAGCAUUGCAAAUGCUCCUGAGCCAGCCAGUGACAUAUCAGGCAUUUCGGGAAUGUACACUGGAGACCACAGUUCAUGCCAGCGGCUGGAAUAAGAUUUUGGUGCCUCUGGUUUUGCUACGACAAAUGCUUUUGGAAUUGACAAGACGUGGUCAAGAACCUUUGAGCGCACUGCUGCAGUUUGGCGUGACAUAUCUGGAGGACUAUUCGGCAGAGUACAUCAUUCAGCAAGGUGGCUGGGGCACUGUGUUUAGUCUUGAGUCAGAGGAGGAGGAAUGCCCUGGAAUCACUGCAGAAGAUAGCAAUGACAUUUACAUCCUGCCCAGCGACAACUCUGGACAAGUCAGUCCCCCAGAGUCUCCAACUGUGACCACUUCCUGGCAGUCUGAGAGCUUACCUGUGUCGCUGUCAGCUAGCCAGAGUUGGCACACAGAAAGCCUGCCAGUGUCACUAGGCCCUGAGUCCUGGCAGCAGAUUGCAAUGGAUCCUGAAGAAGUGAAAAGCUUAGACAGCAACGGAGCUGGAGAGAAGAGUGAGAACAACUCCUCUAAUUCUGACAUUGUGCACGUGGAGAAAGAAGAGGUACCCGAGGGCAUGGAAGAGGCUGCUGUGGCUUCUGUGGUCUUGCCAGCGCGGAGCUGCAAGAGGCACUUCCUGAAGCCCCAGCUCUUGCUUCCACAUAUCACUGCCACCUCCCUGCUGGGGACAAGGGAACCUGACACAGAAGUGAUCACAGUUGAGAAAUCCAGCCCUGCUACAUCUCUGUUUGUAGAACUUGAUGAAGAAGAGGUGAAAGCAGCAACAACUGAACCUACUGAAGUGGAGGAGGUGGUCCCCGCACUGGAACCCACAGAAACACUGCUGAGUGAGAAGGAGAUAAACGCAAGGGAAGAGAGCCUUGUGGAAGAGCUGUCCCCUGCCAGCGAGAAGAAGCCCGUGCCGCCGUCUGAGGGCAAGUCUAGACUGUCCCCCGCCGGUGAGAUGAAGCGCAUGCCGCUGUCUGAGGGCAAGUCUAUACUGCUGUUUGGAGGGGCUGCUGCUGUUGCCAUCCUGGCAGUGGCCAUCGGGGUAGCCCUGGCUCUGAGAAAGAAAUAGGAGGCUUUUCAGAAGAGAAAGACAGAAGGAUGUAAGGUUGGAGUUGUAUUGGCUGGAAUUUGAACCUCCAGCAGCUGUCUGGACAUUUGUGGAACACUCUGGGAUAACUGGGGACUUCUGCUCAACAUGGCAGUGGCAUGUUAGGCAUGUUAGGGCUUGAGGUGGGGCAUUCACAUUCAUCUGACUGUAAAUCCCAAGGGCCUCGGCUCAUGCUAAAUUGAGAAUCUUAGGGGUAAAGCACCCCCUCCAGGACCGGGUUUCUCAGCCUUGGCACUAGUGCUGUUCUGACCAUUCUCUGUGUUGGGGCUGUCCUGUGUGUGGUGGGCUGUUCAGCAGCACCCCUGGCCUCCACCCACUAGAUGCCAGUGGCACCCCCUCCCAGAGAUGACAAACGAAAAUGUCUCUAGACAUUGCCAAAUGUCCCCUGUGAACAUCCCCUAUUGAGACCCACUGCUUUAGCAGGAGAGGGUUUACUUAGGAAGAAUUGGGAUACAAAUUCCCAGCUGAGAGAACUUAGCUGUGGGCUCCUCAGCUACUGACUUGUUAGCUCUUAAUCCCCUUAGAAUUUCAUCUUUCUUGAUGAGCAGGCUGGGCUCUGCACCCACUCUUUUUUUGCCCCCCCUGCCCCUCAUCCUGGAGUGUGAGGGUGCUCGCCCGUACCGUCAGCUGCCUCUCAGGGACUGCACUGUUCCUCUUCACCCCCAGGUUCCUGCUAAGAUCCCACGGGCGAGGGCUUGCUCUGGACUCAGACCUGUCAAGUCCCCGAAGCUUCCUGCAGCUCCACCUUGUAAAAAUGCUGCCUUUGGGAAUCUUCGAAAUAUGUACACAGAGAAAAUCACAUGAAAGAGACCUGGGGUCCCCACUUGUGAGUGCAAUUGCAAGUAACUCUGGCUAGAGAGACACAUGUGUCUUGUGUCAAGGCAGGAGGAUAACCCGGACGACCUUCUGAGGUCUCUUCAGCCCUUUUCGCUAGUGGUCACCCACCACUAUGGUUACUUGCCAGCAACAUCUCUAUUGCUGGAUGGUCCCUGUCUAUAACCUUGGGCUAGUAUAUUUUUUCCAAUAUGGGACCUUAGUCUUACUACUGAUGAGUUCUAUGGGUCUCUUGCUAGGGGGUAAGGAUUUUUAUUCUUGGGCUUAUAGAGCCAGUUAGAUCAUAACUCUUAUGAAAUAGAGAGUGUCCUAAAUAUCACUGAAAUAAAAAGUAGGAAAAAGAAGCUUGAAUUUUAAGACUGAGGCUGCUCUGCAGAUUCUAGUUUGGCUUUCAGAGUUCAAGAGUGGUGGCAUCUUCACCUGAAUUCUUCAAUGCCAGGGUAAUAAACCAAAAUAGUCCUAAUCAGUAUAUGCUAGUUGAGCAUCAGCGUAAUUUUCUUUCCUCUGGCUGAUCCCAGCCCUAAAGGAAGGGUAGACCUGUGUCUUUCCAGCCCUAAAGGAAGGGCAGACCUGUGUCUUUCCAGCCCUAAAGGAAGGGUAGACCCGUGUCUUUCCAGCCCUAAAGGAAGGGUAGACCCGUGUCUUUCCAUGCCUGAGGGCCACGACAUCACUAUGCAGGGCACACGUGGCUUGGUUUAAAAAGGUCAUCUUAGAUUUAUCUUAGUAAAUGUAAUAAAUUAUUUUUUAGAUCUUGAAAUUUAUAAUAAAAAUACUUUACCUACCCUGAUCACCAAAACCUGAUGUUUUAAAUGUGCUUUCUUUUUGAAAUUUAUGUUUUCAAAUAAAAUCUCCCUAAAGCAAUAUUUAAAAAUUGGUCAAAA